CACUACGGCCCAAAGGCGUUGGUGUCCGUCCGAAGAUGCGUUGCAGUCCGGCAGCAUCAGUACCAGCUCCGCGGUGCCGGUAAAAGAGCCGAAAAACGGAGGAGAAACCCGGCGUCUGUUGUUCGGUGGUUCCGAACGAAGCGAUGGGAGACCAGAAGGAAUCUCUGCGUAAGAUCACGCACACGCUGGCCAUGAAGAACGAGGAGAUAUCAAACUUUGUGUGCACGGUGAAACAGAACCUGAACAACUUAGAGACGAACUCCAGCCGAGUCCAGGAGGACCUGGAGACCGAGUUCACCUUGCUCCACUCGGUCCUGGACGAGAUGAAGGACAACAUGCUGACGCGUAUCAAACAGGAGAGAGCCAGCCGGACCUACGAGCUGCAGAGUCAGCUGAGCGCCUGCUCCAAAGCCCUGGAGAGUUCAGAGGAGCUGCUGGAGCUGGCCAAUCAGACGCUGUGCUCCUCUGAGACGGAGGGCUUCAAUCAGGCGGCCAAAGACAUUAAGGAUAGUGUGACGAUGGCUCCAGCCUUUCGCCUCUCCCUGAAGGCUAAAGCCAGCGACAACAUGAGUCACCUGAUGGUGGAUUUCAGCCAGGAGAGGGAGCUGUUGCAGGGCCUCAAGUUCCUCCCAGUUCCCUCCACUCCUGAGAUCCAGGUCUCAGAGUGCCAAGUGUGCGACAACACUGUGACUGUAGUCUGGACCUUACCAGAACCAGACAGCAAGAUAGACCACUACAUCCUGGAGCACCGGCGCACUAACCACGAGGGUCCGCCGCGCAUCAGAGAGGACUUCCCCUGGAUGGUGGUGGAGGGAAUACGAGAACUGGAGCUCACACUCACCGGUCUCCGCUUUGACACACGUUACAUCACGUUCAGAGUGAGAGCGUGCAACAAGGCCGUGGCAGGAGAGUUCUCCGAACCCGUCACACUAGAAACCCACGCCUUCACGUUCAAACUGGACGCUGCUUCAUCCCACCAGAACCUAAAGGUGGAGGACUUGAGUGUGGAGUGGGAUGGCAGUGGAGGAAAGAUACAGGACAUCCGCAAAGAGAAGACGCGAACCAACUCACCAAUGCAUUCUCCAGCCAGGUCGGCACUGAUGUCACCAAAAAGAGCACCGACAGCCCGGCCUGGCAGAGACCGGUUUACAGCAGAGUCCUACACAGUGCUGGCUGACACGAUGAUCGACGCUGGCCAGCAUUACUGGGAGGUUCGGUUUGACAAGGAGAGCAAGGCCUUUGCUGUGGGCGUGGCCCUGCGGAGCCUCGGGCGCUUCGACCAGCUGGGGAAGAGCAGCGCUUCCUGGUGCAUCCACCUGAACAACUGGCUGCAGCAAAGCCUCACAGCAAAGCACAACAACAAGGCUCGGACGCUGGACUGUACCAUCCCAAGCAGUAUAGGGGUGUACGUCCACUAUGACGAAGGUGUUCUGUCUUUCUACAACUCCAAAACUAAACAACUGAUGCACACCUUUAAAACCAAGUUCCAGCAGCCGGUUAUACCAGCUUUCAUGGUGUGGAAUGGCAGUUUUUCAGUGGUGACGGGCCUUCAGGUUCCCAGCGCAGUGCAGAGCGGACAGAGGAAAAACAGCGGCACCAGCAGCUCCAACGCCAGCCUCAACUAGAACCGGGGAGGGGGGCAACUUCAUUGUAUCAUAUCUCUGCAGCUUGGUGGCUUGGGUUCCCCCCCACCAUGUUACCUAAAUAUUUGGGAACAAGUGAGUCACCUGACUCUUCACAUUACGACACAUUAGCUGUAGUCCGACUAGUUCCUCCUCUCAUGUCAUUUGAGACAUGAGAGGAGACUUAGCGCUGGGCGCUUCCCAUCCCUCUUUCCCACUCUCUUCCCCUCUUCCCUCCCUUCUGCCCUCGUUCCUUCCCUCCCUCCUCUCCUCAUUCCUUCCCUCUAUCGUUCCUCCCCUCCUCCCUCCUUUCUUCCCUCCUUCCUUCUCUCACUCCUUUCCUCCCUCCUUCCCUACCAUAAGUGGUACCGUCAAUGCACACAGCUUCAUGUGCUUCUCUCCCUGUGCCUUCCUUUUCCUUUACGAACCGGUUCGUUGGCUCCAAAAUGCUAAUAUUUCACUGGAAACAACCUUUGUGACGCUUUCUACAAGUCUGAUGGAUUAUAACCAUCCUUAGCAACAUAGUGCUUUUACAGAUAAUAACGUGGUAUUCUUUUUUUUUAAUUGCAUAAGAGACCUGAGGGUCAUAACUCAAUGCUCUCACUAUUUCAAUUAAAACAAUGCGUCAAUAUAACUUGGUUGCUAUACGUAGUUCAGUAUUAAUUAUCACCAACUGAAUCAGCCAGCCGACCUGUUUGGCCCAAAUAACCUCCUGCCUCAACACAAUGCUACUGAAUAGAACGUGGUUGAUCAGGAUAUUUUUCAACUGGACUUCAGUGAUGCUCAUAAUAACAACACAUAUUAGGGAUGUUGUGUUGUUUCUUGCCAAGGCAUGCCGACUUAACAGUGUUAACUGCAUCUGCUGACUCUGUAGUCAUGGUGGUUUUCUUUGGAGUUCAAUGUGACUGAAGAAAGUUAGAAGGGAGCUUCUAUCAGCUUUAUGUAGAGAAGUCACCAGAUUAUGGCUUCAGGAUUUUGGAGAAGUCUGUACUGUAUUCUUCAUGUUCACCUGACUUCACAUGGAUCCUUGUUUGUAUGUGUGUGUCUCUAAACCCAAUAACACCCUUUAUUGCAAAAGAGGAACCUGUUUAUGAGUCAUAGACAAAACACAUAGCUGGAAAGUAUUCUCUGCUAAUACAUUGUGUUGCACCUGGGUGAUCAACUCUGAAUAGCUGAUGUGAUGAAGUCCUUUUUGUGCACAUUGUUCACGUCAUUGGUUUAAUAUGGAAACAGUCUCCUUCUGUACGCAUCUCCUGAAUAACUGUAGCCUGCAAUGCUUUAACGUACAUUUAUGGUAACUUUGUUUUUCACAUGGUGACACAGGAGUCACAAUAAUGUAAAUAAUUUUAAUUUCUCCACUAUAAUGCAUCAGCCAUGGAGGUAACAAGAAGUGAGAGUACUUUGUUGUUAGAUUUUGGCUUCAACGAUCAAUAAAACAAAGUGAGAAACAAA